AUUUAAAAAAAUAAAAGAUGUCGGAACAAUAAGUAUAUAAUAAAUUAAUUAGGUUGUGUUUAAUAUAGCCAAAAAUGAAUAAGGUAAUCCCAGCCAGAAUUACAAGAAGUUAAUUAAAAAGUAUAAGGGUUUAUAUAAGGUAAGUUAUGGAUUUUGAAUUAUUUAGUUUGGCUUAAACAAAGAGGACUUAGUUAUAGAGAAAAUCAGAAAUGCCAAUUUACUCAUUUUUGGUGGCUCCAGAGCUCCCUUUACUGAGAAAGGUAUUUUUUAUUUUUAUUCCUAGAAAUCAAAUGCCUCGAAGAAUAUCUCAAUGGUGGAGGCAAUGUAUUAAUCUUAUUCUCUGAUGGUGGUGAGAGUAAAUCUACUAGCAACUUAAAUGCAUUCACUGAGAAAUUUGGAAUCUAUGUGAACAAUGAUUGUGUUGUGAGAACAUGCUAUUUUAAAUAUUUUCAUCCAAAAGAAGCAUAUAUCUAAUAGGGAGUUAUCAAUCAAGAAGUUUGAAAAUCUUUAUUCUAUUUAAGAUAGUUCGUGUGAUUAAUGGUGAAUAAAAAGAGACCAGAAAAAACAAGGCAUCCACACCAUACCUCUAAGGAGUCAUCGAGAUGGAAGAUACUGAAAUUAACAAUCAAAGUGGCCUUGAUUUUGUCUAUCCCAAUGGAGCCACUCUGAUUGUGAAAGACAAGGCCUUCCCCAUCCUAUCCACUGGCCCUAUGUCUUAUCCAUGUGAAAAACCUAUCAUGGCAGUCAGUCAAGAAAAGGGUAAACUUGUAGUCAUUGGCUCCACCGACAUAUUCAAUGAUGAGUACUUUGAGAAGGAUGACAAUCAAAAGAUUUUCGACUUCCUUUUAAAGUUCUUCUUUACAAAAGAAGUUGAAUUUGAUAAGAAAACUCCCUUUGCUGAAAGUGAUUGCAAAAAUGCACCUGAUAUCGCCGAAUUAGCUGAUAAACUAAAGAGUUGCUUGCAAGAAAGCGAAGAACUACCAAAAGAUGUAACUACCUUGUUUGAUUCAACCUUAUUCAAAUUUGAUCUUGAUCUCAUUCCAGAUGCAGUCAAGCUCUAUGAAACUCUCUGUAAUGUUCAUUCGUAUUCUAGAGGUUAAACAUGAGCCACUCACACUUAUUGUCCCCCAAUUUGAAACCCCUUUAUUAGGAUUACAACCAGCAGUCUUUCCACCCAUCCCUCGGGAAUUACCUCCUCCUCCACUUGAGUUAUUUGAUUUAGAUGAGGAAUUUGCAUCUGAAAAGUAAUUCUAUCUUUUUAAAUCUUCCUUAGAACUCGUUUGGCAUAAUUGACAAACAAAUGCACUAAUGAAGACUUGGAAUAUUAUGUCAAGGAAGCUGGAGACAUCAUUGGAAUCACAGAUAAAUUAAAGAAUAGACAAAAGGCAUAAUCAGUAAUUCAUUAUGUUCUGGAAAACUUAAUCAAUUUUAAAAAAUUAAAUUAAGGUUGAGC